AUGAGAGCAAAGCGUCUCCGUCGUGCAAUUGAAGAAUCAAUGCUUCCAACUUAUGAACUUGUUCUUGACUCAAAAGAAGAAACGAGAGCAAUGACGAAAACUUUGGAAAACAUUGAAAAAGGUUCUCAAUUGAUGCUCAAAUGCACAAUGGCUCAGGAACAUUUCGAGAAUCUCGUCUUCAGAGCAAAUAAUAUUGAAGUUGGGCAAGGAAAUGGACUGAGCAAAACUUUGACAAUUGAUUCAUUUUCCCGCACACACAUUGGAAUGUACGAAUGUGGAGCAACGAGGAAAACUGAUGGAAAAUAUCAUUCAAGACAGAUGAGAGUUAAACAGAAAAGAGAUAACAACUCAAAUCUUCCGCCAUGCGGUGCUGAAGAUGAGGGCUACUGUGGAAUGCAUGGAAUAUGUCUCAUGGAUGGAUCCAGAAAAAUUUGCCAUUGUGACGAUGGAUAUAUGGGAGAAACGUGUGACAAAGUUCUAAUGGCCGCCUAUGAUGGUAUGCGGUUAAGAGAGUUUAAUAUUAAACUACUGAAAGUCGUUGGUGGAACAACUACAUCACUCAACAUUAUCUGCAUUCUUCUCGCUAUUCUUUUCGCUCUUCUAUUCUUCAAAGAACGGAAAACAGUGAAAAGAUUGAGAAGAGAAUUCGGGAAAGUAACAGAGGAAUGCGAGAUGGAAAAUGCGAUUUACAAAGAGACAACAACUACUUCAGAUGAAUCAAAUGAGGGAGGAAAUACGUCAUUUGCCAGGAAUAGUAUCAGGAAAAUGAGAUUAGCAUUGAAUCGAGCUCGUCUCAACGGAACAUCAGAUUCAAAACUGCUCGAGAAGUAA